AUGUGGAGUUGGUUUAGUGGAGCGGGUGCCCAAAGACGAAAGGAUGGACCGAAGAAUGCCAUAUUAUUGCUGCGGCAGCAGUUGGAUAUGUUACAGAAGAGGGAAAAACAUCUGGAAAAUCAAAUGAAUGAGCAGGAAGCCAUUGCUAAGAAGAAUCUUUCGUCGAAUAAGGCCGCCGCCAAAACCGCACUUCGAAGGAAACAAGUGCACGCGCGCAGCCUACAACAGACGAGUGACCAGAUCAACCAAGUUGAGCAACAGAUAUAUAGUAUUGAGUCUGCAAACAUCAACCAGGAGACACUCAAUGCUAUGAAGACUGCUGGAAAGGCCAUGAAGGAGAUUCAUGGGAACCUGACUAUCGACAAAGUGGACGCCACAAUGGAGGAACUUCGAGAGCAACAUGCACUCGGCGAAGAAAUCGCCAAUGCGAUCUCAAGUCCACCAAUCGGCGAGCCUAUCGAUGAGGAUGACCUUGAAGCCGAACUUGAGGCGAUGGAACAGGAGGCAAUCGACGAAAGGAUGCUUAAAACAGGCACAGUGCCGGUGGCAGAUCUGCCUGGCGUGGCAAAUGGGCCGAUCAAAGGGAAGAACAAGGUACAGCAGGAGGAGGAGGAUGAGGAAGAGGAGUUACGAAAGUUACAAGCUGAGAUGGCGAUGUAA